GCCCCAGAUAGGGGACCUGUGAUCACAUCAUGCUGAGCUCUAAUAAGUAGCAGUAUAUGAUUACAAACUAGUGGAGCCUCUGGGUUCCCAUCAGGAUAAGUACUGACUGAUGUUUCCUGCAGGAGGAGAUAUCAGGGAGAACCUGAAGGUGAUUCAGUCUGAGAAGUCGGUUUCUGUCUCUGCUGGAGCAUCAGCCACUCUGAACUGCACUGUGACCUCCCUGCUCCCUGUGGGGCCCAUUCAGUGGUUCAGGGGUACAGGGCAGAGUCGGCACCUAAUAUAUAGUUUCACAGGAGAACGGUUCCCCAGAGUCACAAAAAUUGCAGAUACUUCAAAGAGAAACAAUCUGGACUUUUCCAUCCGCAUCAGUAAUGUUACACCUGCUGACUCUGGUACCUACUACUGUGUGAAGAUCAACAGAGCAGACACUGACAAGGAGCUUCGGUCUGGGGGAGGCACAGUGCUGUAUGUGCUUGCAGCUACACAGAAGGAGCUGAAGGUGAUUCAGCCUGAGAAAUCAGUUUCUGUUGCUGCUGGAGACUCAGCCACUCUGAAUUGCACUGUGACCUCCUUGUUCCCUGUGGGACCCAUUCAGUUGUUCAGGGGUACAGGGCAGAGUCGGCACCCAAUAUAUAGUUUCACAGGAGAACGGUUCCCCAGAGUCACAAAUGUUGCAGAUGUUACAAAGAGAAACAACCUGGACUUCUCCAUCUGCAUCAAUAAUGUCACACCUGCUGACUCUGGAACCUACUACUGUGUGAAGUUCCAGAAGGCAGACUCUGACAAGGAGCUUCGGUCUGGGGGAGGCACAGUGCUGAAUGUGCUUGCUAACCCAUCUCCUCCUGUGGUUUUGGGCCCUGCAUCCAGAACUGUAGGUGAGCAGACAGUGAGCUACACAUGCAGGUCUCAUGGCUUCUCCCCUCAGAACAUCACAGUGAAGUGGUUCAAAAAUAGAAAUGAGCUCUCUCAUGUCCAAACUACUGUGAACCCUGAAGGAGAAAGCAACACCUACAGUGUCUUCAGCACAACCCGGGUGGUAGUGGUUGCUGAGGAUAUCUGUUCUCAGAUCAUCUGUGAGGUGGCCCAUGUCACCUUGCAAGGGGGCCCUCUCCUUGGAACUGCCAACUUGUCUGACAUCAUCAGAGUUCCACCCAUGCUGGAGAUCAGCCAGCAGCCAUCAGUUGUAUGGAAUCAGAUAAAUGUCACCUGCCAAGUGAAUAAGUUCUACCCUUCGAGACUUCGGCUAAUUUGGUUUGAGAAUGGAAAAGUAUCCCGGGUAGAAAAGCCUUCUACACUCACAGUAAACAAGGAUGGAACCUACAGCUGGACCAGCUGGCUCUUGGUGAAUGUAUCUGCCCGUGAGGAGGACAUAAUAUUCACCUGCCAAGUUGAACAUGAUGGACGGCCACCAGUCCUAAAAACCCACACUGUGGUGGCCAGUGCACAGCAGAGAGAACAAGGUAUUGGUGCUAUCUCUGAACUGAAGACAUCAGAUACUACUGAAGUCCUUGUAGCUCUGCUCCUUGGACCCAAACUGCUACUGGUAAUUGGUGUCUUUGCCAUCUACAUGCAUAAGAAGCAGAAGGCCUGA